CGGCAGCCGGGGCAGCCGGAUCGCGGCGGCGGCGGCUGCUGCGGGGAGGGAGCGCGGAGCGGAGGGAUGUGGGGCUUUGGGGGAGGCAGGAUCUUCGGGAUCUUCUCUGCUCCCGUGCUGGUGGCCGUGGUCUGCUGCGCCCAGAGUGUGAACGAUCCCGGCAACAUGUCUUUCGUGAAAGAAACUGUGGAUAAAUUGUUGAAGGGCUACGACAUCCGUCUGCGGCCGGAUUUCGGAGGUCCGCCCGUCUGCGUCGGGAUGAACAUAGACAUCGCCAGCAUCGACAUGGUUUCCGAAGUCAACAUGGAUUACACUUUGACUAUGUACUUUCAACAGUACUGGAGAGAUAAGAGACUGGCUUAUGCUGGCAUACCUCUCAACCUCACGCUUGAUAAUCGAGUGGCAGAUCAACUCUGGGUGCCUGACACUUACUUCUUAAAUGACAAGAAAUCAUUUGUGCAUGGGGUUACUGUGAAGAACCGAAUGAUUCGCCUUCACCCGGACGGAACCGUGCUUUACGGGCUCAGAAUCACAACCACUGCAGCUUGUAUGAUGGACUUGAGAAGAUACCCAUUAGAUGAACAAAACUGUACUCUGGAAAUAGAAAGCUAUGGCUACACGACUGAUGACAUAGAGUUCUACUGGAGAGGUGGAGAUAACGCAGUCACUGGUGUGGAGAGGAUUGAGCUGCCUCAGUUCUCGAUCGUGGAGUACAGACUGGUGUCAAAGAAUGUUGUCUUUGCCACAGGUGCCUAUCCAAGACUCUCACUGAGCUUCAGAUUGAAGAGAAAUAUUGGAUACUUUAUUCUACAAACCUACAUGCCCUCCAUACUGAUUACCAUUUUAUCAUGGGUGUCAUUCUGGAUCAAUUAUGAUGCAUCAGCAGCAAGAGUUGCCCUUGGAAUUACAACUGUGCUGACUAUGACAACAAUCAACACUCAUCUGCGAGAGACUUUGCCUAAAAUCCCGUAUGUUAAAGCCAUUGACAUGUAUCUUAUGGGCUGCUUUGUGUUUGUCUUCUUGGCCUUACUUGAAUACGCCUUUGUCAACUACAUUUUCUUCGGGAAAGGCCCUCAAAGGCAGAAGAAACUUGCAGAAAAAACAGCGAAGGCAAACAACGAUCGCUCCAAGUUUGAAGGCAACCGGGUGGACACCCAUGGCAACAUUCUGCUGACCUCACUUGAAAUCCACAACGAGGUGGCGAGCAACGAGGUCACCACCAGCGUCACGGAUACUCGGAAUUCAACCAUAUCCUUUGACAACUCAGGAAUCCAGUACAGGAAACAGAGCUCACAUCGGGAAAACCUGGGAAGGCGCCCGUCAGAAAGAACAGGUCCCCACAGCAAGAGGGGCCAUUUACGAAGAAGGUCUUCACAACUGAAAAUAAAAAUCCCUGAUCUAACAGAUGUGAACGCCAUCGACAGGUGGUCGAGAAUGAUUUUUCCAUUCACAUUUUCUCUUUUCAACUUAAUUUACUGGCUCUACUAUGUUAACUGAGUGACUGAACUUUUUUUAAGGACUUCAGUUAUAACCAGAGAAGUACUGCUUGCCUGCAGAGUAUAUAUAUAUAUUUAUACAUAAAUAUAUAUAUAUGAACUUUUCAUGUGUAGACCAUACUCAUGUACGUGUGAAUACAUAUAGCGAAGAACUGUGUGUGAUUAAAAGCACACACUGCAAAGCAAAAGUAUAUGUAUGCACACACACAUGUAUGUACACAUUCAUUCUGAGGUUAUGGACACUUUAAUAUAAGAUGCACUUCAGAGGAACUUCCUAAAUCGAAAGGCAAGUGUCAUCAAAACAACAAGCCCUGAGAAAGUAAGUGUUGUAUAUUAUCACUACAAAACUUUGAUGGUCAUAGAAAUUUUCAAACAGCUGUAAUUGUGUAUAAAGUCAGUAUUUAGUACCAUUGUUUGUAAAUGCUGCCAUACACACUCAUCAUAAAGUGGUAGAUUUACACUGGUAUGUUUAAAGUAAGUAAUUUAAAUUGCAGAUACAUCAAGUAUGAUUUAAUCAGCCAAAUUUAUUUUUCUUUGCUAAAAUUUCUUGGGUUUAUACAUGUCAUAGUAUGUUUUUUCCCAGUCUUGAGUGGGCAUCAUGUUUAAUGAUCUCUUGCUUUCUCUUCUGCAGUAAGCAAACUGAUCAUAGGAAUGUUGCUCUAGGUCUUUGGAGACAUAUAUGUGAUCAUAAGAUUUCAAACAAGCAUUUUAAGUGUCCAUCAACAGUGAAAUGAAUCUUUUGUAAGUACUGUAAAUGUACAGCACAUUUUCCUUCCCUUGGACUGGUUCCAGCUACCAUGUCAUUUUGAAA